AUGAGUAUGUAUGUUGAUCAGCCGACCCUUGAUUUGGCUGCAAUUGGUGUAGACGCUGCUAAAGAAAGAGACAGAGAAAUUCGUGAGAGAGAAAAAGAAAAAUUACAAAAAGCUUUUGAUAAAAUGAAAGACAAUUUAAAGAACAAAGACUUUGUAUCACCAGAAACACUAGAGAUCUUUUCUCAUCGCAAUAUUCCUGAGCAUAUUCUCAAGAAAGCUUUGCCAAGUUCAAUUCGUGAUUUCGAUGAUUUUAUUGACAAAUCUCGAAAACUCAUAAGAUUUUUAACGAGUUUCAUACAAGGAAGUGAACGUCCUACCAUCACAACUAAAGCAGCAGAUGCUCUUAUGCAUGGAGAGACUAAUGCUGUUGAUGCACCUCUUCAAACUGCAGAAGGAGAAACAGAAAGAUAUUCUCCGAAUUCUGUUUUAGGAUUGAUAUAUUCUAAAACAGGAUUAGAUGCAAGCACAUUGAUAAAAAUGCCUGAACAACUCAGUAACUUUAUUGUUGGAAACAAAUUGCCUGAUUACGAGAAAUACGCUGCUUUGGUUGAUGUAUUAGAAUUCGCCAGUUUAAUUGGAGAAUUCGAUCAAGGAUUUACUGUUUUUGUUGAAAAUAUGAUGCAAGGUCCUGUAAUGCAAAUGGCUUGUUUAGAUCCUACAUUUACAUUUAAACCUGUUGUUACUCAUUUCCAGAGAGUUGUCAUCACAUCAGGAACGUUAAGUCCUCUCUCUUUCUAUCCGAAAAUGUUGGAAUUCGAGCCAGUAACAAGUGCAGGAUUUACGAUGUCUUUUUCACGUCAAUGUUUGCUUCCUAUCAUUGCAUCUAAAGGAUACAUGAACGCGCCAUUGACAUCAUCAUAUAAGCAAAGAAGUAACCCGAAUGUUGCGAUUGGUUACGGUCUUUUAUUACUUGAAAUGUGCAAAACUGUUCCAGAUGGAAUUGUCGCAUAUUUUCCUUCGUAUAUUUACAUGCAUAUGCUUUUGAAAGAAUGGAUGUCUAGUGAAAUAAUGAGUGAUAUAAUGAAAUAUAAGCUUGUUUUCAUAGAAACACCAAAUGCAGAAGAAACAGAUAACACAUUAGCAAAUUUCCGCAACUCUUGUGAUAAUGGAAGAGGAGCUGUUCUUCUCGGUGUCGCAAGAGGAAGAGUUUCAGAAGGAAUUGACUUUUCUGAUCAUUACGGAAGAUGUUGUAUUUUGUUUGGUCUUCCUGUGAGAAAUACAACAAGUAUUGUUGUGCAGGCACGUGCUGAUUACUUGGAGAAAAAGAUUGGUGUGAAGAAAGAAGACUUCUUGGUCUUCGAUGCAAUGAGAGCUGCAUCGCAAUGCAUUGGAAGAUUGUUGAGAAGUAAAAAAGAUUAUGGUGUUGUGAUUAUGGCUGAUAGAAGAUACGCAAGAAAGGAAGUUAGGUCGCAAUUGCCACACUGGAUUAAUGAAUUCCUUGAUAACAGAGCUGCAAAUGGUAGUAACACUGAUGAAGCUAUUGAUAAAACAAGAGAAUUCAUGUUGCAAAUGGCUCAGCCUUUCGUUUUGGAUAUUUCAAAGUUAAAGAGAAUGUCAGAAUUGAAAGGAACUACUGCUACUAAUGAUAAUGAUCAAAAAGAAGAAAUGGAUCUCCCUGAUCCCGACCCACUUCUUUCUUAA